AAAUAAUUGUAGAAAAAAUUUUCGAACGGAAAAUCAUCAAAACACCGCAAAACCAACCUUUUCAGAAAAGAAUCCGUCUCCAAAAAUUUUGUGGGUUCUUAUAGAAAUAUCCGAACUUUGAAGGCUUCUAAGGGUAAAGGCAAAAUAAAAGAAAAUUUGCAAAAGCACGAACCGGUCUGGGAAUCGGGCAGAGACAGAGUGGGAAGACGAAGGGAAGGAAAGUGCAAAAAAAAAAAAAGAAAAAAGAAGAAGCUAAAAGUAGCCGAAAACACAAUUUCUUGUAUUCCUCCCUUUAAGCUCUCUAUUUUUAUUGUUUCAAAGUCCCGAAUAAUAAUAAUUUUGUAUUAUUCUCUGUAUUUUUGCUAAAAAUUAUUUGAGAAUUGACUCCUUAACUUCCACUUGUUUGUGUCUUGUUACUUUUAUUUUUCCUUUAUGUCUCCUCAGAUCUGAACUUUUUCAGAAAUAUUUUUAAGGGCGAAAUCGAUUCGGCAAAACCAGCGACGAAAAUUGGAAAUAAGCGGCCGGUCGGAUCCAAGAAUCCGGAUUGAAAAUGGAUGAUUUACCAGGUUUAUUUGCGAAAGAUUUUGGGAUCAAACCCCAAGGUAAAGCAGCCCCUAUGGCACCUCCGCGAAACGCUUCUUCGGGUCCGAAUUACGGGUACCGUUCUGAUUUUACCCGAUCUUCAUCCGCCAACGUUAAAUCGUCAUCCAAUUCGAUUUUCGAUGAUCAAGAUCGCGACGGCGGAGUUGUGUUUGACAACGUCUACGGUGGACCCCCGAAGUACUCAUCCGAGUCUCGAGCCACAACCUCGCAAACCUCGUCUUACGAUUAUGAUUCCUUUUUUAAGGACCCGAAGCCGCCGGUUUAUGACAAGCCUGUUUACGAUGACGAUAUUUUCGAUGGAUUGCCUGGGAUCAAGAGCUCUUCGACGACAUCGGCCGCUAAGUACGAUGACGUAUUCUCGAUCUCGGGGUCUCCGCCUCGUCCCAAGAAUAAGUCGCCAAACAACUCUCCGUUUGAUGACCUGCUUGGGAAUCUUGGGGGGAAAGAACCGGAGAUGAAGGUUAAGAGUGAGAGAGUGAAACCGGAGAAAGAUGCGCCUCUGUUUGAUGAUUUGCUUUCUGGUUUUGGCCGGAGUAGCUCUCCUACACCCGCGAGAUCAACUUCAGAUGCUGGUCAGUCCCAGAAUCCACCUUCAAAUUCAAGUAAGACUGGGUCCAAUUUGAUGGAAGACCCUUUUGUUAUCUUAGGAUCAACAUCAGGCCCUGCAGAUGCAUCCUCAGGGUUGUUUAUGGACCCCUCAGAAGUAAUAAGUAAACCUAACGGGUCUGGGAAGUCAAGAGUGAAGAGUUCAUCUGCUAGUGGGGGAGUGUUUGAUGAUAUAGAUCCUCUUGAUGGUAUUGGAAAAUAUGUACCUCCUAUGUCAUCCGAGGUCAAUAAGAGGGGGAAGGAUAGGAGCCCUUUAAGAACUGCAAGUGGACCACAAUCUGCUGCUAGUAAAGAGCCAAACGAUGAAGAUUUGGGGAUCUAUACAAAGAAGAAGAUGCCUUCUAUGGAGGAUUUUCCAGGAUAUCAUGAACCUGUGUUUGACAUGCCCAGUAUGUCAACUAAUUUUCAUAGCUCUGUUGGUCGAGCGACUAGCCCUCCUGCUUACUCGAAUGUUGGUUCUAAUGAUACUAGUUCCCAGGUAAAUUCAACUCCAAGAUCUGAGAACUUCGACACAUUUGAUGAUGUGUGGCUCACUGUAUCAGAGAUUCCCCUCUUUACACAACCUACUAGCGCCCCACCCCCUUCAAGACCACCACCUCCAAGGCCACCACGGGUUUCAAAGCCAAUGCAAGGCUCAUUUUCUUCCACUAAUGCAAAAAAGGUCAAUGAGUUUUCUUCUUUCCCAAAUUCAACUCAGUACUCACACAGCUCUCAAUCAGCUUAUGCUGCAGCAAGUAGCUCUGUUACCUCUCAAAUUGAUGAACUUGAAGAUUUUGCAAUGGGUAAGGCCCAGAAUAACUUUGAACGGGCUGAAGGUUUUCCCGGUGAUGAUUUUGAGACCAGUUCUGCUGCUGCUGCUUCUGCUGCAGCCAUGAAAGAGGCAAUGGAUAGGGCUGAGGCUAAAUUUAGGCAUGCUAAGGAAAUGAGGGAGAGAGAGAAUCUGAAGGCUGCUAGAAAUAAAGAAGCUGGUCAUAUGGAUAGAGAUGAGAGAGCUAUGCAAGAUGCUUUGAAUAGAGAAGUUAGAGAAAAGCAAGAGAGGCUGGAGCGUGAGAGGCAACAAAGGGAAAGAGAAGAGGAAGAGAGAGAGCAAAGGAGGCGUGAAGUAGAGAGGGAAAGGGAGGAGAAGGAGAGAGAACAAAGAAGGCUUGAGAAAGAGAGGGAGCGAAUUAGGCAGAUGGAGAGGGAAAGGGAAAGGGCCAGACAAGCUGUUGAAAGGGCUACCAGAGAAGCACGGGAAAGAGCAGCUGCUGAAGCUCGUGCAAGAGCUGAAAGGGCAGCUGUUGAAAAGGCAGCCACUGAAGCCCGAGAACGUGCGGAAAGGGCUGCAGUGCAGAGAGCACAAGCUGAAGCCCGCGAAAGGGCAGCAGCUGAGGCAAGAGAAAGAGCAGAACGAGCUGCUGCAGAAGCAAGAGAGAGGACUGCUGCAACAAAAGCUGAAGCUGAAGCAAGACUUAGAGCUGAAAGAGCUGCUGCCGAGAGGGCUGCUGCUGAGGCUCGAGAAAGAGCAGCUGCUUCUGCAAGGGCGAGCCAGCAAAAGAACGACGAUGAUCUUGAAUCCUUCUUUAUGGGUUCUCGAGCAAGCAGUGCACCAAGGCCAAGAGCUAACUCAUCAGAUCCCCUGUUUGAUGGACAAAACAAGGGAGGGCCUGAAGUAUCGUCUAGCAUGAGGAAAGCUUCUUCAGCUGCAAACAUUGUUGAUGACCUCAGUUCUAUUUUUGGAGCUGCUGCAUCUUCGUCUGGAGUGUUCCAAGAGGUUGAUGGUGAAACUGAAGAAAGGAGAAGAGCCAGGUUGGAACGCCACCAAAGAACUCAGGAGCGUGCGGCGAAAGCAUUGGCUGAGAAAAAUCAGCGUGACCUUCAAGUUCAAAGGGAACAAGCUGAGAGACAUAGAAUUGCUGAAACACUAGAUGUUGAAAUCAAAAGAUGGGCUGCUGGGAAAGAGGGAAAUUUGCGUGCUCUGCUGUCAACACUGCAAUAUGUUCUUUGGCCUGAAUGUGGCUGGCAGCCUGUUUCUUUGACGGAUUUAAUCACAGCUGCUGCAGUUAAAAAGGUUUACAGAAAGGCAACUCUUUGCAUCCAUCCUGAUAAAGUCCAGCAAAAAGGUGCCAAUCUUCAGCAGAAAUAUGUUGCAGAAAAGGUGUUUGACUUGCUUAAGGAAGCAUGGAACAAGUUCAAUUCAGAGGAGCUUUUCUGAGUUCAAAUCGUUGAUUAUAUAGCUAAAGAAAUUCGUCAUUUGACAAACUAGGCAUUGGAGUUGAAUGAAAACACGACUGUCAAGCAGCUAUAAUUCGCUUAGCUGCUGCUGUUGCCUGCUUUGGUUUGAUGAUUCAUUAAGUCAGCUGUUAAAGAGUGGCACAUGAUGCUAGCUCUCGCUUCAAAGGCUUGUGAGGUACGUAUGUGAAGAGUGAAGUACACUCUUCUUUUGUUCUGAUGUAUGUACAUUAAAAAAUCUUCAUCCAGCUAAUGCGCGUGGAAAUUUGGAAUCACCGGGUUAGUGUAGAUUAAUAUUCAUCAAAUUGGUCAGAAUGAUAUGCACAAGUUGAGGGGAUUUUUGUGUUAAUUCUUUUUUAUAAUAUUGUUUUGUUUGUGUUUCCGUUUCCCCCAUUCCCCACCUUUUGUGGCAAAUACAGUAUGUCCUUUUCAUAUAAAAAGAAUAGUACAAGACAUGUAUGAUUGUUGAGAGAUGGAUACUCCGAGGUGGAUGAUUCAAUAUAAUUUCAUUUGUUUCUUCUAUGCUAAUAAAAUUGAUCGUAUUUACCA